AUGGUGGACGACAUGUUAAAGCAAGGCAAGAUGAGGAAUUUCCUGGCUGUUUUUGACGUCUCGGGAAGCAUGGAAGGAACCCCCAUGAAAGAUUCAUGGAAAGGAAAGGUGAUCACUUUCAGUCAAUGGAUGGAGGCUGGUUGCAACACUGAUUUCCAAAAGGUGUUUGAUUUAAUUCUGAAAGUGCCCGUGAAGGGGAAUUUGAACCCGGAGGACAUGAUAAAGAGGUUGUUUGUGUUCAGCGACAUGGAGUUUGAUGAGGCUUCGUCGUCUAGCGGAUGGGAGACUGAUUACGCUGUGAUACAGAAGAAGUUAGAGAAUCAAGGGUAUGGUAAUGCGGUGCCGCAGAUUGUGUUUCGGAAUCUGAGGCACUCCAAGGCCACUCCGGUGACCGGGACACAAUCCGGAGUGGCUCUGUUGAGUGGCUUCUCUAAGAAUUUGCUCAAGCUCUUCUUGGAUAAUGACGGGGAAGUUCAACCGGACCUUGCCAUAGAAGCUGCCAUAUCCGGCCAAGAGUAUCAGAAGCUGGUUGUGCUGGAUUGA